AUGUUCUUGCCAUGCAUUUCAAUCCCCCAAAACGCUUGCAAAUAUAAGAACCAAUAAAAAUUUUAGUAACUAAAUUGAUUUUAAAGUAUAGAUAAAUUAAUUUCCUUGACUGGAAAUUCCUCCUAUUUGCAACACAACCAAUAUAAACCAAGAGAAUAAAGGAAAUAAUAUUGAAAACCAUCAGCAUUACACGAGAUAAAUCGCUGUGA